GAGCGAGAGGGAGAGAGGUGAGCAGUACUGAGGAACUGAGUUCAUACAAUACUACUGAGACAUCUACAGCUUAGCAGACAGAUACGGUGAACCGCCUAUCCCAGCUCCUGUAAGUGAUGCUGCACUGAGGCACACUUUGAUCCAACUCCACUGGGGGGGCGAUGCGCAUUCUGAAUCCUUCAUUUAAGAGUUUUUGGGGAGCAUGCACAAUCUUGAAUCAGUCAAAACAAGUAGUUAUAAUAUAAAUUAGGUGUAAGCUUUCAGUUUUUUUCAUCAGAAUUUUUUUUUUUGCCUGCUUGGAUUGAAGUUUAACGCGCGGGUCAAGACGCGUUUUUACGCACACUUGUACAUUUUUUGUGCCGGCGAUUUUUUUCCUUGUCUGGUAAAAAAAAUAAAUAAAUAAAGUACGAAUUUCGAGGCAAUUAGGGUAGGGAGACAAAGUUUAUGUAAAACAAGCGUGGAUCACUGCGUAUCUCCGCCAGUGGGAUUGCGAGCCCAAGACAUCCGAAGAGGAAUUACAGCGUCCUUUCCAAACAAAGUUGAUGCAUGAUAUUUUUCUCUCUUGCGCAUGAGGACCACAGUUUUUUUUAGCACAUGGAUAAGUUUUUUUAGUGGAUAACAUUUUUUUUUCUUCUUCUACUUUUGCUGCCAAUUCUGACGAGGAUCCUUUCUCCCCGUUUCUCCCACUUCAGAUUAAUUCAUGGCACUUCUUUUUUGUAAAUCAGUGAUGUCUCUGCGCGGCGGUACUCACGGUUGAUUUUUCAUCCUGUUCGUGCGGAAAAGAAUUGCUGCAGUAGAAGUGAAGCUCCCAUCUACUCUUGAGUAUGGACCUAGCAAGUCAGGCUCAUGUGCUGGUGAUAUUGCUCACCUGUGUGGUCUUACUAUGCCGGGCCCAGGAGAGGGACUACACAGUGAAGGAGGAGCAGCCGGAGAACGUCCGCAUCGGGAAUCUGCGCAAAGACCUGGACCUCAACCUAGACCCCAACAUCAGGUUAUCCUCACCGCUGCAGUUCAAGCCUGUGUACAAGACAGGUGACGUGCCUUUGGUGAGGGUGGAGGCGAACACGGGAGAGAUCUUUACCACCAAUCACAGAAUCGACCGGGAGAAGCUGUGCUCAGGGGUCUUCACUGAGAAACGCUGCUAUUAUGAGAUUGAGGUGGCUGUGCUGCCCGAUGAGAUCUUCAGAUUGGUCAAGAUCCGCUUCCUGAUUGAGGAUGUGAACGACAACGCUCCCCUAUUCCAGUCCACUGUAAUAAACAUCUCCAUCCCAGAGAACACAGCCAUCAACACCCGAUACCCGGUGCCCUCAGCGUUCGACCCUGACGUUGGGAUCAAUGGGAUCCAACAUUAUGAACUAGUCAAGAGUGUCAGUGAGUUUGGAUUAGACAUCAUUGAGACUCCUGAAGGUGACAAGUGGCCACAGCUAAUCGUUCAGCAGAAUCUUGAUCGCGAACAGAAGGACACCUUUGUCAUGAAGAUUAAGGUGGAGGAUGGUGGCAACCCUCCCAAAUCCAGCACUGCCAUUCUCCAGGUCACCAUUUCUGAUGUCAACGACAAUCGUCCCAUCUUCAAGGACAGCGAGCUUGAGGUCACAGUGCCAGAGAAUGCCCCAAUGGGGACAUCGGUUGCUCAGCUUCAUGCCACAGAUGCAGACUUGGGCUCCAACGCACAGAUCCACUUCGCCUUCAGCAACCAGAUCUCUGCUUCAACCAAACGUCACUUUGCCAUCAACAGCUCUACAGGACUGAUCACUGUGAAGCAGCCACUGGACAGGGAGGUAACUCCUGUUCAUAAACUCAUUGUCCUGGCCAGUGAUGGCAGCUCCACCCCCUCCAGAGCCACAGUUACUGUUAAUGUAACAGACAUUAAUGACAAUGUUCCCUCUAUAGACACUCGCUACAUUAUCAACCUGGUUAAUGGGACUGUUCUUCUGUCUGAGAAUGCACCUCUCAACACCAAAAUAGCCCUAAUUACCGUUACAGACAAGGAUGCAGAUCUUUAUGGCAAAGUAGCUUGCUACACUGAUCAUGAUGUUCCUUUCCGAUUGAAGCCUGUCUUUAAUGAUCAGUUUUUACUUGAGACAGCUGCCCCUCUAGAUUAUGAAACAACUCGAGAAUAUGCAAUUAAGAUAGUGGCCUCGGAUAGGGGGACGCCUCCGUUGAACACUUCAGCUAUGGUCCUAAUUAAAAUCAAGGAUGAGAAUGACAACGCACCUAUCUUUCCCCAGCCGGAAAUCCAACUUUCUAUACCGGAGAACAAUGACCCCUCUACACAGUUAAUAAAAAUCAGUGCCACUGAUGCCGAUAGUGGACAUAAUGCUGAGAUAAUUUAUACUCUUGGCCCUGAUGCUCCUGAUGGGUUUAACAUAGACAGACGAUCAGGAAUUCUUUCCGUUGGCAAACGACUGGACAGAGAGAAGCAGGAGAGGUACUCAUUCACUGUCAUAGCGAGGGACAAUGGCUCUACCUCCCUGCAGAGCAAUGUCACUGUCAGGCUAAUCGUCCAGGACCUUAAUGACAACAGCCCAGCUUUCACACACCCUGAGUACAACUUCUAUGUGCCUGAGAACCUACCUCUCUAUGGAACCGUGGGCCUAAUCACAGUGACGGACGCAGAUGCGGGAGAUAAUGCUGUUAUAACCCUCUCCAUUUUGAAUGGGAAAGACAAUUUCAUCAUUGACCCCCAAACUGGUGUGAUCAAACCCAACAUCACCUUUGACAGGGAGCAGCAAAGCUCCUAUACAUUUAUGGUCAAGGCAGUCGAUGGAGGGCAACCUCCAAGCUCCUCCUACGCCAAGGUCACUAUCAAUGUAGUCGAUGUGAAUGACAAUCGCCCUGUGUUUGUCAUCCCAUCCUCAAAUUACUCAUAUGACCUAGUGCGAACCACCACCACGCCUGGUGCUGUGGUCACAAGAGUGUUUGCCAUUGACAAUGACACAGGUAUGAAUGCUGAGCUGCAGUACAGUAUAAUCAGCAGCAUCAUCAUCACAUCUAGGGUCUCCCCUCGAGGUCUAUUUGCCAUCGACAAAACGACGGGUAACAUAACACUGCAGGAGAAAAUAGUGGCAGCUGAUCAGGGGCUGCAUAGGCUGGUAGUCAAGGUCAAAGAUUUAGGCCAGCCUGAGUCAUUACAUGCUAUCGCACUCAUUCACUUGUUUGUCAAUGACACAGUGUCAAAUGCUACCUUUAUUCAAGAGCAGCUGCGAAAAAGUAUGGAGACGCCACUGGAUCGUAACAUAGGGGACAAUGAGGUAACACCUCAAGCUAAUGGAUAUGUGAUUGUUGUCAUAGCUAUCAUAGCAGGGACCAUGACUGUCAUCCUGGUGAUAUUUGUGACUGCCUUGGUGCGCUGCCGGCAGACACCCAGACACAAAGUAGUACAGAAGGGCAAACAGAGCGGAGAGUGGGUGUCACCCAACCAAGAGAACCGUCAGAUCAAGAAGAAGAAGAAGAGGAAGAAGCGGUCCCCCAAGAGCCUCCUCCUGAACUUUGUGACCAUUGAUGAAUCCAAGCCUGACGACCCCACCCAUGAGCAUGUUAAUGGCACACUGGAUCUCCCUGUGGAGCUAGAGGAGCAAACCAUGGGGAAGUACAAUUGGGCGACCACGCCCACCACCUUCAAACCCGACAGCCCAGAUUUAGCCAAGCAUUACAAGUCUGCGUCCCCUCAGCCCACAUUUCAAAUCAAACCAGAAACUCCAGUGGCCCCAAAGAAACACCAUGUGAUCCAGGAGCUCCCCUUGGACAACACGUUCGUGGUGGGCUGUGACUCACUCUCCAAGUGCUCAUCGACUAGCUCCGACCCAUACAGUGUCUCAGAGUGCAGCUGUCAGGGGGGAUUCAAGACUGCGGGGCAAAUCACCACCCGACAGAACCUGAGCCAGACACCGGAGAAGUCUUUUAAUUCACCGCCCCCCAUUUGUCCUCAUAAGGAGGCCUGUCAGCUUGGCAAGAUAACCUCUGUGAAUACCCAGCGCCGUGUGACGUUCCAUCUUCCAGAUGGUUCCCAGGAGAGCUGCAGUGACAGCGGGCUGGGAGACCCGGAGCCCAGCAGCACCACCAGCACCACCCAGCCUCUUCCCCUCAGCUUCCCCCAGGAGGAGUACUACGAGCAAACAUCACCUAACAGCCGCACCGAGGGGGACGGAAACUCAGACCCUGAAUCCACCAUCGAGGUGAACCUGCAGAAAGCCUUGGCUGAGGCCUCUGAGACCUGCACCCAGGAGUGUCUAAUACUGGGCCACUCUGACAGCUGCUGGAUGCCCCCAGCCCUGGCCCAGUUCCAGGGUCCUGGCAGCAACAGCCCCACCUCCACCCCGACCACCGCCGCCAUCACCGCUACCCUCCCCUCCUUUGGUUUCCAGCAGAGCUGUGCCCGGGGAGUCAAAGCUAACAUGGGCAGCAUGGGGGUCAUGGAUGGCCGCCAUACUCUGGGCCGGUCCGUGCCCAAAAAAGAUGAACUGGACAAAGGGAUCAACCGGCCACAGUUCUACAACACCCUGGAUAGACACUGCAGCAGUAAGAAGGAAGACCCUGUCAAGGUCAUCCCUCUGGCAAGCUUCUCCUCUCCUGGGCAGCAGACACCCACCGGUGUGGGCAGCAGCUCUUUCUUACAUGAGCACCAGUUGUAAUAGUAAAAGACAGAUCUUCACUGGCCUGACAUACAUGUGACUCCAUCCAUAGAUGGCUUAUGACUUUAUGAUUAGUAUGUAUGCGUACGUGUGGGGGUAUGCAUAAUUGGAAUAACUUUAACUCAGCUCAAGCUCAGUUUCACUAAUGAAGACAUCUGAGAAUGGAUUAGACCAUGGUGAUGUUAUUCAAAUAGAAUCAUAUGGAAUGAGUCUGACAGCUGAAGCGUUUGAAAGGAAAACUCUUAACAUCGCACUCCCAUGUAUAAUAAAUAAAAGGUAGUUCUAUACCAAAGUAGAUCCAUCACAGAAAAAAAAACCAAGAUAUUUUUGCUUUCAGUUUGGUGAUGUUUGCUUAGUGAUAAGAAAUGCCACUAUACAGUUUAAGCUCCUUGGGCCCAGCUUAGAAGAACUGUGUCCUAAAAGACCCUUUCGUUGUGCAGAAACAAAAUGCAUAUGCAGUACUUUGUGUUGAGUGAGCUAAAUUGGGCUAAAUGUUAAUUAUGAGCUCUGGGUGGAUGGUAUUUCUGUUCAAGUUUCUAGUGAAGUAUUGCUCUGUAUAACGCGUGGCACAAACUCCUUUGGUGGUGGAAGAUGUUUCUGUUGUCUUGCCUGAGCGUGUUUUAGAAGUCUAUUUUGGUCAGGGGACUGCAGAAGGAUAUUAAAAAAAAAGUCUACAAAGCAUAACUAGGCCAAUGUUAGACAGCACCACAUCUUCUUCUUUUGCAUUCUACAUUUUCACCAUGGACCAGUACACAGAAUAAACCCCUCCUAAACAAUAAAAUACAAACUUGCACACAUACACAUGAUGUUUUCCAUAUGGUGAUUGUUCCAUCUCUGCUAACUCCAUUAAGAAAAUAUUCACUCCAGCCAUUAUCUCAGUAGCUUAGCCUUGAAAGGCGCAGACAGAUGUGCUUUGCAAAUGUACCCUUUGUUUUCUUCCUUUUGUUUCGUUUUCUCACAUUUUGCUGCUGAGAAACAUUCACAUAAUAGCAGCCAUGGAGCCAAUUAUGAAAUUCUCAGUCUAAUUACUUUGAUGUGUGAUCUCAGGAGUGACCCUUAUUGUGGUUAGGAGGUCUAGAAUGAUUCUAUUGGCUAUCGAGAAACAUGGUCUGCAUGUACGGAGGCAGUGAAAAGGUGACAAGAGCUCAGAAAUAGCAGCUUUAUACACUUUCUCUACUCUCAUCAUAUUAUCAACACCUAUGUUCUUGCUUUUAACUAUUACUCUGUUUUCAUUCAUCAAAGUUAGACUGCAAAGUUUCUAUUAUCACUUUUUAUGACACUAGAAUAAUAGACCAGAGUGCAAAGAUUUCUCCAGGGCCACGAGUCUGACUGAAUUAUUGAUGUUAUUUCUGAAGUUAUCAUAAGAACAGACAUUGGCACUAUUUGAAAGGUCCUCCCUCACAUGCUUCAGUAAAUACACUGCAUCACUGCCUGGAUGUGUAAAUUGUACUGAUGAUAAUAACUACUUCACACUAACUUGCUGUUGUAACAGAUUGGGUACAGUAUAAUCUAUUGCUACAGCAAUAAGUGACUUUGCUGAUAUCCAUUUUUCUCUCCAGUAACAUCCAAGCCAGGUGUCUACAUCAUCAGGUAUAUGAUUCAUGUGAUUCAUUUUCUUGUACCAUCUUGCAAAUUGGGAACAGGCCUGAAUCCAUAAUUCCACAUGGUAUUCUCAAGGGAAGGUGCGAGGCAAAUUGUGUUUGUAUGCUCUUAGCUACCACACCUAUUGUCUCAGAUCAGGACUCUUAUCAUUAUAAAGAGGAUUUAUCUGAGACUCGGUGAAAUGAUCACUUAGAGGAACAGUGUGUCAAGGACAAGAAAAGGGGCAAUUCAAUUUCACCUCAGUCAAUUAUGAAAAUGAAUUGAAUUCAAAACAGGCAACUUAAAUAAACCCUCCUAUAAACAUCCACUGAGCAAUGUGUCCCUGUUUGGGAAUCCAAUUUCAGUUCAUUUACUAAUACUUUUUUGUUUUUUCUCUAUCACUUUUCAUCUCAUUUCAUUGUUUUAGGACAGACAUGCCUCACAGAGUGGUAUAAACCAUACAUUUUUAAUCAAAAGAAGCACAUAUCAAAGGGAACAUACAUCACAAUGUCACUGUAAAUUGGAAUUUUACCAAGCUGCCAAAUGCAGAUCCAACACUUGACUCAUAAUAUGUGAUCCAAAAUGUGCCUCAAAAAUCCUCAGAAGUCUUUUCGGUCUCUAUAAACAAACACGUGAAUAAGUAGGCUAAGUAUAUUCUCAGUUGAUUGUCUCCAACAAAAAUAAAACUGAAAAAAUAUUAGAUUUUUAAGAAAUUUUCCCAUCCAUUAACUACAAUAAAUACAGACAUUAUCUGCUGGUGGAGUGUUUAUAAAUAAGACACAGAAAAACGUGCCCUUCCUCAUACCACAAAGGAAGAGAGUUUCUAUGGAAUAUGUAUGGAAUAAUACACUGUCACAUUGAAAUAAAAAUGUGAUUAUUUAAAUUACUCUAUCCCAUCACACAUGUACAGUAAGCACAGACUUAUUUAUCUGUAACCCGCACUGUAUUUUUACUUACUCUGCCUACAUAACUCCAGUGUACUGUAAAGUUGCAGCAGCUACAUUAAUUGAAAGACCUUUUCUUGGGGGAAAAGCAUAACAACUGCAUGAAUGUACACCACUAGGAUGUUGCUUUUGAUACUAAUAUGAAUUUUUCUUUUCUUUUUGUAUUGUAUAAUUGGGAGUAUUUCAUUUUACCAUAUGUCCUUUAAGGGGUAAAAGGAGUGUGUUUUAUUAAUUUUUUUUUUU